GAUAUAUACACAAUUAUGGUUCUAGCCGCCGAGACCAUGGAGCAAUUAUUUCAGAGGCUGAGCAUAUCAAGCGUGGUCAAUACCACGCCCGUGGUUCGCUUGCAAACCCACAUCCAGUCGUUCAAAAUCAAUCCUGAAGACCUUACCUACCCGCCACAAUUUGCCCCGCUUUUUAAGAACAAAUUCAGUGAAGGCCCAUUACAACCUAAGGAUAAGAUAUUCUGCAAGAGUGUCAAAACUUUCAUGGCACCGGGGUUGAACCCUUCAACGUACAAGAAUUUUCUUCACGUUUUGUUAUAUGCUCAAGAGUAUGCUGAAGAGGAUGAGUUGCACAAAUGUGCCAGAUUCGACGUUCCUUUGACAUAUGAAGAAGAGCCCGAAUCGAAGCGCAUUCUACCUUGUUUGUAUCUGGAUGGCGUGGAGGACAAUCGCCCGAGAAUCAACCCCUACGAUGAAAUUCAGAUCAGUUUCGAUGGUGUAACUGCCAAAAUGAGUACUGUAUACUCAGUGGAAGGCAACCGAGUUUUUUUCAUAAACCAUAACUGGUUUCCGAAGGGUCGAGCCGUGAUUUGCCGACGAGUGAAUUUCAUCUUGAACCGAAGUAACUUUAUUCGUGGCCAUGGUUGUAUCGAAGAAAUGACCACAUCAAGGAUCGCCCGGCUGUUUCCACUUAAAGGGGCCUUGACGGUCAAAGUUCCAUCGCAAUUCAAAUUGACCAAAACGGACCUUUUGAACAAAAAUAUUGCCGACAACGAAGAGCAAUUUGCUGCAGUGAAUGGUAUUCUAAAUGCAACAAGUGGCAUUUAUCCUUAUCUUUUGUUCGGACCUCCUGGAACUGGGAAAACUGUGACCUUGGUAGAGGCCAUUUCCCAAGUCUUUUUUCAAAACAAAGCUGCCAAGAUCUUGGUUUGCGCUCCGAGCAACACUGCGGCUAAUCUCUUGGCGGUUAGAUUGUCAGAAAAUAUCCCUGAAGCCUCGAUUAUGCGAGGCUUGUCGCGAACUCACAAAUUAGAAAACUUGCCAGCAAACUUGGCAAAUAUUUCCCUCAUUGCACCGUUGUGGCAAAAAUCGAUUGGUCAGUUUCACGUUGUUGUGACCACUUUGUCUUCGGCGGGAUGGAUUAAUGCACCAGGCCGUAAAAAGAAUCAGACUAAUUACGUGUUUUCUCACGUUUUCAUUGAUGAGGCAGGUCAAUCAACCGAAACUGAGGCCCUUUUCGCCAUCGCGAGGACCACGAACUCCCAAAGCUUAUUAGUUCUUUCAGGCGAUCCCUAUCAAAUGGGACCGGUGGUUAAGUCCGAAGUUGCCAAGCACUAUAGGUUUGAGAUAUCGCUGAUGGAGAGACUGAUGAAGACUUCCUCUGUGUAUAAGAAAACUGGCCCCAAAAACCAGCUGGAUCCCCGGUUCAUUACCAAGUUGGUCAAGAACUUUCGAUCGCACGAAGACUUAUUGGAAGUGCCGUCAUUUCUCUUCUACGACAACGAAUUGGUGGCCUGUCAGCCAAUUCAUAAUUUCUACCUGAAAACUGCCUUUCCAUUAAUUUUUCACGGGGUACUCGGCGCCCAUUCCCGGGACCCAAAAUCGACGUCCCUGUUCAACUCGCAAGAAGUGAAUGAGGUCUUGACUUACAUUGACAAGCUACGCUGGAUUUUCCCGGAUGAGGAAAUUGGCAUUAUCUCGCCUUAUCGGUCGCAAGUACGGCACAUCAAAAAACGCCUAGGGGAGACGAGCAUCAUGGUGGGCUCAACUGAGGAAUACCAAGGUCAAGAGAGGCGUGUCAUUCUGAUAUCGACCGUUCGAUCUAGUUUGGGUUUGGAAACGGCCCUUAACAAUGCAAAACAAGCCCCAAGCCUUGGGUUUUUGACAAGUGAACGAAGGUUCAACGUGGCUGUGACGAGAGCUAAGGAGUUGAUGCUGAUUAUUGGAGAUCCCGAUCUGUUAUCCAAGGAGCCGAAUUGGAAGCUUUUAAUUGAUUUCAUCAUUCUCAAUGGUGGCUACACUGGAUGCAAGUACCAAAGAGCCACACAGUUACUUGGUGGAACACGCAUUUAGAAGGAUAAUGCCGCACAUUAUCCAAUUCAUUUAUUCAUCCCGUGCAACAUUCAGAUUGAUUGGUUGUACCAAGAAAUCGAUAUCAUUAGUGCCUUCUACUAUGUGUCAGAUUAUAUGUAACAUCUAAA